AGAGAGAGAGUGUGUGUGUGUGUGUUGGAAAGUCAGAGUUGGAGAAGAGAAGAAGUGCACUAGUUGUGGUGUGAACUGAAGUCUUCUUUUUGUUUCUUAAAUGCUGCUGCUGCUGAUGUGAUUUGCUCUCAGUCCAUCCAGGAAUGGAGGGAUGAACAGAGGAAGAGGACAGAAGGAUCUCACAGGGGGAUUUUAGACCACUUCUUCUUUUUUUCCCCAGCAAUGGAUAAACAAAAAGUUCUGACUCGGCUGGUUUCGGACCUGCAGGCGUUCCUCCUGGUUCUGGACGGUGAGAACCUCAGCUACAUCGCUCAGGCCAAGAAGAAGUCCAUCUCAGAGCUUCUGUCCAAACUGCAGGAGCACAAAGACCCAGCGGUAGUGGAGGAUGCAGAGUACAUGAUCAUGAACUGUCCCUCCGGAGGCCCAGCUAAUGACCUCAGACGAAACUCUGCUGCUGAUCCAGGUUCAGCCGAAAAUCCACACUUCGAGUGGCUUCACCGCAAGUCUGUAGGUCCCGUAGUUCCCCCACGGCCUCCGUACAGGUUGGAGGAAGAUGAGGACUGUUAUGAGGAGGCGGAGCCUUUUAUUCCAGCCACUCAAUCUACAGAUAAACUGGACUCAGAAAGCAGUCAUUAUGAGUCAUAUGGUGAGGAAGAGGAGGAUGUGCCUGUGGACCGAGCUCACUAUAUCCAGUGUGGCACGUCUCAGCCCUGCCUGCGUCCUGUCCCUGAAUCGCGGCUCUGCGAGUACCUGUGGAGGAAGAAGUGGCUCGGCCAGUGGACACGUCAGCUCUUCAUUAUUAAACAUGACUCCUUACUGUGUUUUAAGUGCGCUAAAGACCUCCAACCUCUGCUGGAGAUGAAGCUGACGGGCUGUCAGGUGGUGUACAAGUCCAAACACAGUAAGAAGAUGCAGCACGAGCUGAAGGUGGUGGGAGGAUCGGACACGCUCAUCCUGGGCUUCCAGAGCUGCAGUCAGGCCGAGGAGUGGAGGAAGAUCAUCGAGGAGCUCAGCGGCUCUUCGUAUUGCGAGCCGGAAUCCAUGGGUUCCUCCUCCAUCCCGAAGAGUGAAAGACUGGAUUCUUGCAGGUCGAGUUCAGUCCUCCACACUGAUUCGGAUGAGGAGAUCCUCUCUGCUCCUUCUUCUGCUCUCAGCAGCGCCGAGAGUAAUUAUAAAGACAGAGCGGGGUAUCUGAACGUGUUGAUGAAUUAUCAGUGGCAGACUCUGUGGUGUCGAGUGGAGGCCGGAGUUCUGAAUCUGUUCAGUGACGAAAGCAGCGAAGUGACGCCGCAGUACACAGUGCAGCUCAAGGGGAGCGAGAUUCGGCCCGAUACCACUCAUACACACACACACCGCAUCACUAUCCUACAGCACGGAGACCCGUUGGCCGUCCUGGAGGCCAGCUGUUCUGAUGAUAAAGAGCAGUGGGUCCAGCUCCUGCGGGAUGGGAGCUCCACUGAUGUUGUAUCUCCAAAUCAGCACAACAGUCAGGAGUCGCUGAGUGGUCUGAAGACCCGGACGCUCCCCAACGCCAACACGUACAUGGACGACCCCUUUCAGCAGCUCUGUAGUUCAGUCCGUGGAUCUCCCAUCUACUCCAACACUGCCUCACUGGAGCGCAUGUUUCAGAAAUCCCACAUCGGUGGAAACGGAGAAUCGCUGCCAUCGUCAGAUUCUGCCGACUACAGCAACUGCGACAUCUUCAGAAGCAACAGUAAGAAAGUGUGUGAGGUGGAGCGCGGGGUGCAGAAGCUACAGCUCGCACAAAAACGGGUGCAGAUGAGAGCGGGGUCAGAGGUCAACCUUGUCAGCGUGGGGGCAAAACCGGUGAAACGCUCGUCCUUCAGACAGUCACUGCUCCCGUUCUGCUCGGAGAGAACGCAGGGAGGGUUUCUGACUCCACUCCUGCGUAGAACAGCUUCUGCUAAACUCUCUCUGAGGAGAUCUCCCUCCACUCUGCUCAUCGAACACGGACGUGUGUUUCACAGGAGGAAGGAGUGGGAGACGAAGGCUUCGGCUUGACCAGGACUCAUUCUGCUCAUCUAGUACACAUUCCUGUCCUGUUAUUAUUAUUAUUAUUAUUAUUAUUAUUAUUAUUAUUAAUUGCACUGAGAAUAAUAAUAUUACUGAGCAUGUGGAUCGUGCAUAUUUUUGUACAUUUUUUAAACGUUUUUUGGGUAAUAUUUGUUCGUAACAAACAGAUCACAUUUCAGUUGCUUUUCCAUUUCUCACAGUCUGGAUUUAUUUUUCCUGAAUCUCGUGCGCUUUAAUUUUAACUUCCGUAAAAUCAGCUGAGAAAAAAAACCUGUUAGUAAUUAAAGUACACACUGCAGUCUUAGUCGUGUGUAUGCAGAUGAUUAGGGGUCCAAGCACCAGUGUGAGCGCUGAGGAGAAUGACCUCUUCAUUAACACUCUCGCUACACCUCUGUGCUAACUGCCUACCAGUGCACAUAUUUUAUAUAAUAAAAGUCUCUUUUUUUAAUGAAGUGCCUUAAUUAUUAAUUUGUUAUCCUUUUUUAAUGAUGCAUGGAGUCGUGGUCAGUGUCAGUUUAGGAUUUUUUUAUCUUCUGGUGAUGUUGAUAUAAGUUUUUUUCUGUAAAAUGUUGUGUAAAAUUGAUAACUGUGGUAUGAUGAUGAAUUUAUUCGUAAUAUUUGUAUAAUAAAUAAACCAGCGUUGGAU